AUGCUCUCUCUGCAGUAUGGAUUUAUCAACACCUGUUUGAAGUCGCUGGUUGUUGACAAGUUUGGCGAGGAGACAUGGAUGAAGCUCAGAGAUGAGGCCGGGGUUCAAGAUACAUUCUUAACAUAUGAAGUGUACAAAGACGACAUCACCAUGCAACUGGUGGCUGCGGCCUGCAAGCUACUGGAUGUUAAACCAGAGGUGGUGUUGAGACAAUUUGGGGAAUACUUUUUUGACUUCUGUAAACGAUCUGGAUACGACCACAUGUUACGGACUCUGGGAGGGAACCUGUUCGAGUUUAUCGAGAAUCUGGAUGCACUGCACAGCUACCUCGCCCUUUCUUACAAGGAGAUGAACGCGCCGUCAUUUCGAGCGGAGAGGAACGGUGACGGCACGAUGUUUCUUCACUAUUACUCCGACCGCCAAGGCCUAUGCCAAAUUGUACCCGGUAUCAUUGAAGCUGUAGCAAAAGACUUCUUCAACAGCGAGAUAACGAUGGAAAUCGUCAACCAAAUAGAGGAAGUAGAGAGGACAGGAAAGAAGGAGCAUGUAGUAUUCCUCGUCACUCAGAAACCGACAUUUUCGAAUGUAAUGUGCAGUAACACGCUCUCACAGACGCCGCCAUGUUUGCCCAGAGGCCCCAGGCGCAACGCAAUGCACUGGAACCCAAACAAAGAGGACAUACAGAAAUCAUUGCAGAGGAAACUCCAAUCUCGGGGAUUUUCCAUGUGUAGGAACCACUGGGAGACUAUGUUUACUUCAAUCAUAGGUAAACUCUUGAGAGGAUUUGAGCCAGUCUACCCGAAGAACCUUUGCAUCGACCUGAAGACAUUUUGCAAUGCCUUUCCCUUCCAUAUAGUGUUCGACAAGGAGCUGAUGGUGAGACAGGCAGGGGUGAACGUCCAGAAGAUCGUCCCCGGGCUGCAGACCAUGAGCAUUCACCUGGACCAGUACUUCAGUAUUGUCCACCCCGAGGUCACCUUCACCAUCUCCAGCAUCAGGAAGUUCAUCAACAGCCACUUUGUCCUGCAGACGCGACGGGACAUGAUGCCCGAGRCAUGGAGGGAUAGACCCAUGCUGGAGCUCAGAGGUCAGAUGUUGUGGAUGGAGUCUCUGCAGUGCAUGCUGUACCAGGCCUCCCCUUUGCUGCGAAGCCUCCACGAGCUGGAGGAGCGGAGCAUGCACAUCUCUGACAUCGCCCCUCACGACGUCACGCGUGACCUCAUCCUGCUCAACCAGCAGCGGCUGGCCGAGAUGGAGCUCUCCAACCAGCUGGAGAGGAAGAAGGAGGAGCUCCGACACCUGUCCCAGCAUCUGGAGGAGGAGAGGACCAAGACGGAGAACCUGCUGUACGCCAUGCUGCCCAAACAUGUGGCCAACCAGCUGAAGGAGGGGAAGAGAGUGGAAGCAGGAGAGUUCAAGGAGUGCACCAUCCUCUUCAGUGAUGUGGUCACCUUCACCGACAUCUGCUCGGAGUGUGAGCCCAUCCAGAUCGUCAACAUGCUCAACUCCAUGUACCUCAAGUUCGACCGGCUCACCACAGUACACACAGUUUACAAGGUGGAGACCAUAGGUGAUGCCUACAUGGUGGUAGGUGGCGUGCCCAUCCCGGUGUCCAGCCAUGCUGAGAGGGUGGCCAACUUUGCCCUGGGCAUGAUCAUAGCAGCUCGGGAGGUCAUCAACCCCAUCACAGGGGGGCCUAUCCAGAUCCGGGUCGGUGUACACAGCGGGCCGGUUCUAGCUGGUGUGGUGGGGGAGAAGAUGCCUCGGUACUGCCUGUUCGGAGACACAGUAAACACGGCGUCUCGCAUGGAGAGCCACGGCCUCCCCAACAAGAUCCACCUCAGCCCCAGUGUUCACCUGGUUCUGAAAGACAAGGGCUUCAUGUUCCAGGAGCGAGGGGAGAUCGAUGUGAAGGGGAAGGGCAGGAUGUCCACCUACUUCCUGGAAGGGAACCUGACCGUCACGGAGCACGAGCUCAUGGGCCGUUCAGUUAAGGAGGCCGACUCGGGCCGUGCGUCUGUCCAGUCGGCACGGGACUGCAACACAGAGGCAGCCCUGUACAGACCRGCCAUCCAGAGGGUGCAGAGUGAGGACAGGAAUCCUGCAGUGCCCAUGGAGUAUGGAGACAACCUGACCAACCCGCCGCCCUCAGUCCAACUCACUGACCCCCAGCCACAAACCAGAGCCAAGAGCCUCAAAGGAAAACCUCGGGACUCAGAGAGCUACGGCAGUCUCCACAGUGACAACAAGUCAGUGGAGGGAGGUCUCCCCAAUCCAGACCACCAGCUGACCAGAGCAACCUUGUCCCAGAGUCCCACUCCCAUAGAGGCUGAGGCUCCUCCUUCCACCAAACACAUCCGGACCAGUUUCUGUGUGGUCCUCUGA